AUGAGUCCCAGCGCUCCCGUAGUUGGCCUCCUCGGCGGCGGUCAGCUCGGCCGCAUGCUGUGCGAAGCUGCCGCGCCGCUCGACAUCCAGAUCGCCAUCCUGGACGCUGAGAACGCGCCGGCCAAGCAGAUCAACAGCCACAAGAAGCACGGCACGGGAUCCUUCAAGGACGCCGCCAAGAUCAGGGAGCUGGCCUCGCACUGCGAUGUGCUCACGGUGGAGAUUGAGCACAUCGACACGGAGGUGCUUGAGGAGAUUGACAGCCAGGGUGUGCAGGUCCGUGCUGCGGACGGCACUACUGCCACCAAGAAGGUCGCCAUCCACCCGUCGUGGAAGACGCUCAGAUUAAUCCAGAACAAGUAUGAACAGAAGGAGUACCUUGGCAAACAAGGUAUUCCUAUCACCGAGCAGAUUGCUAUUGAGUCCGGUGAUGCGAUGCUUGCUUCCAUGAAGGAGGCAUCUAAGAAGUUUGGCUUCCCCUGGAUGUUGAAGUCUCGAAAAGACUCAUAUGACGGUCGCGGAAACCUCAAAAUCUCAAGCGAGGCAGACCUCGAGACCGCAGUCAAAGAGUUUGGCAACUUACUCUGCUAUGCUGAGAAGUGGGUCCCGUUCGAGUUAGAGCUGGCUGUCAUGGUCAUUCGUACGGAGAAUGAUCAGGGCAAGACAAAACGAGUGAUUCCAUACCCGGCUGUUGAGACGAUACACGAAGACAAUAUUUGCUCCAAGGUUUUCAUGCCACCCAGAAAUGUUUCUGCCGAAGUGUGCAAGCGGGCACAGCAGGUUGCAUGUAGUGUAGUAGAGAGGCUGUGGGGACGAGGUGUCUUCGCUGUUGAGAUGUUCUUGACCAAGGACGGCAAAGUUUUGGUCAACGAGAUUGCACCAAGGCCACACAACAGUGGACAUUACACAAUAGAGGCCGUGCCAUAUAUGUCUCAAUACAAAGCGCAACUCGUUUCAAUAUUAGACGAGCCCCUACCACAGGAGCUGGAGCCCCAUGUAUCAUCCAGCAUCAUGGUGAACAUCCUAGGAGGCGCCAAUUCCGACUCCCACAUUCCUUUGGUUGAGAAAGCCAAGUCUAUGUACAGCAGCAAGGUGGCUGUCUACCCACACCUCUACGGCAAGGAGUCCAAGCCGGGUCGCAAAAUUGGCCACAUCACUGUCACCGGCUUUGUAUCCAUCGCAGAGCUAGAGAAGUUUGCACAGCCCCUCAUUGACAUCGCGGAUGAGAUCAAGGAGGAGAGACAUCGUGCCUCCAGCAAGGCUCUCCGUCCCCAGCAAGCGCCCAAGGCAGCCGCAGCACCAAAGGACAAGCCUCUGGUCCUUGUAACCAUGGGUUCUGAUUCUGACCUUCCUAUUCUCAAGGCUGGUAUUGAUAUCCUCAACCAGUUUGGCGUCCCAUGGGAGGUCGAUAUCACUUCGGCUCAUAGGACGCCGGGCAAGAUGGCACAGGUCGCAACUGAUGCCGCCGGUCGGGGCAUCAAAGUCAUUAUCGCAGCUGCGGGUGGCGCGGCGCAUCUAGCGGGCAUGGCCUCAGCACAUACGCCAUUGCCAGUCAUUGGUGUGCCGGUCAAGGCGACCCAUCUAGACGGCAUGGAUUCACUGCUAUCAACUGUGCAGAUGCCGAGAGGUGUGCCGACUGCCACAGUGGCAAUCAACAACUCGACCAAUGCUGCUCUUCUGGCAAUCAGAAUAUUGGGAGCGUUCAUGCCGGAGCUUCAAGAGAAGAUGAAGAAUUACCAGCUUGAGAUGGAGACUCAGGUCAAAGACAAGGCCAAUCUGCUUAGAGAGAUUGGCGUGGAUGCAUACUUGGCGAAGUUGGGCAAGAAAUGA